AUGGGAAACCGUCUCCGAUGGGUACCACUUUGGGCCCUGGGCCUCUUGGGGCUGGCCCUGGCCGCCGAUAAGGCAUCCGACAAGAUCACCGAUCUACCAGGCCUCACCUUCACCCCCACCUUCAACCAGUACUCGGGAUAUUUGGAUACAUCCCCCGGCAACCAUUUGCAUUACUGGUUCGUCGAAGCGCAACAAAACCCGGAUAAAGCCCCGUUGCUGUUGUGGCUGAAUGGAGGGCCCGGAUGCUCGUCGAUGGACGGCUUCCUCACCGAGAUGGGACCGUUCAGACCGACAAAGGAUAACGGAAGCAGCCUGGUGGAGAAUGUGUACUCGUGGAAUAAGCUGGCGAAUAUGCUGUACCUCGAAUCACCACGUGACAUCGGAUAUUCGUAUCGGGAUAAGACGGCUCCGAAAGAUGAUCUUUACAAUGAUGAUAAGACCGCCAUCGACAACGUGUUGGCGCUGGAAGCCUUUUUCGCUCGUUUCCCGGAGUACAAAAAUCGCGAUUUCUACGUGACCGGUGAAUCCUAUGGCGGCGUCUAUGUGCCGACCCUGACGAACUUGUUGGUGAAAAUGAUCCAGAAUGGCACCCUACCGUAUGUGAAGCUGGUCGGAAUGGCCGUCGGUAACGGAGCCUUGAAUCGAAUGGAUCUCGUCAAUUCCGGGCUGGACCUCGUCUACUAUCGAGGAAUUAUUGGAAAAAGCGAAUUCGACGCGAUGCAAGAGUGCUGCCAGGCGCCGCAAGAGCUGAGCGCGCCGCUGCAGAUGUGCAACUUCUCGCAAUAUGUUAAUAUUGAUGAUUACGGAAAUGCGGUCGUGGUCAAUUACACGGACCCGGUGAAGCUGCGCUGUUCCCAGCGCACCGUCAAGUACGGCCAGGAUUUGGUGUGGAGCACGCUCAACAACGUGUAUAACACGUGGGCCGACUGCUACACCCAGUCGCCCGACUCGAUGGAUAUGGGCGAGAAGUUGGAGCAGCUCGUCCGGCAGCACCCGUACCUUAAAUUAUUUGCCAACUCGAUCGACUACCAAAUGUUCAGCAAUGGCCAGAACCCCUUCGUCGACCAGGGGAGCCAAGGCACCUCCACCUCAACAGACUCCGUCGGCGGCUUCUCGUGUUAUGCUCAGGCCGCUGCUACGGCUUAUAUGAAUCGACAGGACGUGAAAAAGGCCCUCCAUAUUCCGGAUGGACUACCGGCUUGGCAAUUAUGCAACGACGAUAUCAACGCCAUCUACUACAAGCAGCAGCACCCCGACAUGAUUCCCGUCUUCCAGGAGAUGUUCGACUCGGGCUACCCCCUCCGCUUCCUCAUCUACAACGGCGAUGCCGACAUGGCCUGCCAGUUUAUGGGCGACCAGUGGUUCAUCGAGCGCUUUAUCGCCAAGAACAUGAUCCCCACCACCUCCCCUCGUCAAGUCUGGAAUUACACCAGGACCACCGGUUUCAUGCCCAGGAUUGGCGGCUUUGCCAAGACGUUUGCCUUGAACAACAUGACUGUCGAUUUGCUGACGGUUAGGGGAGCCGGCCACAUGGUGCCCACCGAUCGCCCCGGGCCCGCCUUCCAGAUGCUCCAGAAUUACCUCGGAAAAUCGAACUAUACAUCGAUUGCUUCGAUUGACUACGCACCUAAACCUUUGCUACCGCAGUACCAGCCACCACCCACCAAGACUUGGACCCGCAAGCAGGCCGAUCGAGUCUGGGAUCUGCCAGGAAUCACCUACAACCUGAACUUCAAGCAGUACUCCGGCUACCUGAGCGGCGUCGCUGGAAAUUAUUUGCAUUAUUGGCUUGUCGAGUCGCAGGGAAAUCCGAAAACCGAUCCGCUGGUGCUGUGGCUCAAUGGCGGCCCUGGAUGCUCAUCGUUGGGCGGUAUGCUCACCGAGCUGGGCCCGUUCCACCCGAAUCCCGAUGGAAAGACACUGUUUGAGAAUGUGUUUUCAUGGAACAAGGUGGCCAACGUACUCUUCCUGGAAGGCCCACGCAACGUCGGCUUCUCAGUCCAGAAUCGAUCGAUAAAUCCGGAUGAGGAUUACAAUGAUGAUAGGACAGCCAACGACAACUACUUGGCGCUGAAAGACUUCCUGACGGCGUAUCCGGAAUACGUGAAUCGACCCUUUUACGUUACAGGUGAAUCCUACGGUGGCGUGUACGUGCCGACGUUGACGAGCCUGUUGAUCGACAAAAUUCAGUCCGGCGACCUGGUGGGGCUGAACUUGGCCGGGAUGGCGGUCGGCAACGGCGAGCUGUCCGCGCUGAAGCAGAUCAACUCCAUCAUCUCGAUGCUGUACUUCCAUGGGAUUUACGGGAAGAGCGACUACGAUCAGCUGCAAAAGUGUUGCAACAACACGGGCGAUCCGACCUGGUUCGAGUACUGCGAUUUCUCACAGUUCAUUACUCUCGACUCCGCCGGAAACGCCCAAGCCAAGGUGGCGAACGAUCCAUGCGGCACCCAAGUGGCCGAUCUAGGCCAGAUGCGUGUCUGGACGAGCAUUAAUGACGUGUACAACAUCUACCAAGAUUGCUACCAGACGACGUCGACGAUGCUUGGAACACGGAUGUUCCGCCCGCAUAAGGAGGCCAUUCAGCGGCAUCUGGAGCAGAAGGUCUUCGUCGACCAGGGGGCCAAAAUCUCGGGUUAUUCGACCGACGGGCAGGGCGGAUUCCCGUGUUUCUCAGAUGAUGCUACUGCUCAAUACCUUAACUCGAACGAUGUCCGUGACGCAUUGCACGUCUCGCCGAUGGCGGGCACGUGGUCCAACUGCAACUACACCAUCAACGAAAUUUACAUGCAGCAACAUAACGACACCGGCUCCGUCUUUGACCACAUCGUUAAAUCCGGCUACCCCCUGCGCAUGCUCAUCUACAACGGUGACGUCGACCAGGCCUGCAACUUCCUGGGCGAUCAGUGGUUCGUCGAGGAGCUGGCUACGCGCCAGAAUUUCGCCGUCGCCAAGGCGCGCAAGGAGUGGCGCUACAUGGCCCAGAUUGCCGGCUACGUCAAGCAGUUCAGCUACGGGUCAGGAUCGAUUGAUGUGCUGACGGUUAAGGGUGCUGGCCACUUUGUCCCCACCGACCGCCCGGGCCCGGCCCUCCAGAUGAUUGCCAAUUUCCUCCGUGGUCAAGACUACAGCAACAAGCUGAUCGUCUCAAAGUCGUUGACCCCGCUGACGCGCGGCUACCAGAAUGCGGAAAGGACAGCCCAGGCCUCCAACUACUCAGCACCUACCGUAUCCCGGCCGAAGCCUCCGAUCUCGGCGCACUACGGCAAGAAAAUGGAAAUGCAUCUGGGGGCAGCGAAGACGGCACGAGGAGUCAAGCUCGAGCUCCCGAUCCUCGACAUCCCCCCGCCGGCCCCGACCACCAGGGACCAGGACCGCAUUGAUGCUUCCCAACUGCCCGGUCUCACCUUCACCCCCACCUUCCAAAUGUACUCCGGAUAUCUCGACGCUUCGAAGGGAAAUCAUCUCUUUUAUUGGUACGUCGAGUCGCAAAAUCAGCCAUCCACCGAUCCGAUUGUAUUAUGGCUGAAUGGAGGCCCCGGCUGCUCAUCGCUUGGCGGCUUCUUCCAGGAAUUAGGCCCGUUGAGAAACAACCCCGACGGAACGACGCUUUUCGAAAACAUCUACGCAUGGAAUAAGUACGCCAACGUACUCUUCUUGGAAGCUCCACGAGGAGUUGGAUUCUCCUAUCGAUCUAAUGAUGUGGAUCCGGAUACGAUGUAUAAUGAUACCUAUACGGCCAACGACAACGUGCUCGGCCUCGCGUCUUUCUUCCAAAAGUUCACCGAGCUCCAGGGUCGCCCUUUCUACAUCACUGGCGAAUCCUACGGUGGCGUGUACAUUCCAACACUUACUGACGCGUUAAUUAAGGGGAUUCAGGCCGGCACCUACCCGUAUAUCAAACUAGCCGGCGUGGCGAUCGGCAACGGUAUCCUCUCCGAGAUCAAGCAGAUCAACUCGGCCGUCUCGCUCACCUAUUUCAAGGGACUUCACGAUAAGGCUGACUACGAUGCGCUGAAGCCUUGCUGCCAGAACCUGACCUCGCCGAUGGCAAACUGUAACUUUAUGCAGUACGUCAAUCUGGAUACAGCCGGAAACGCCUGGCCAAAGUUCAACGACGACUCGGUGGCGGCGAUGUGCGGAAAUCUGGUCGUGCAGCAGGGUUUCAACGAUGUCUGGGCGACAGAUAACGACGUCUACAACACGUACCAGGACUGCUAUAUGGACGACAACGAGCCGAACCACUAUUCCGACGCAAAGGACAACUCCGAUUCCGUGAAAAUCCGUGCGAAACGCGCCGCGCUUCAGCCGCUUCAGAAUUCCAAGCUCUUCGUUGACCAGGCUAAGCGUAUCAACUACCAGUCCACCGAUGCCGGCUUUGGAUUUACCUGCUAUAACGGAGAUGCUACGGACAGCUACCUGAACAAUAAGGACGUCAGAAAGGCCCUCCACGUGCCCGACAACUUCCCGCGGUGGAAUGGAUGUAAUGACGAUAUGAACGCGAACUACGUACAAGAACAUAAUGACACCACGCCGGUGUUUGAGUCGAUUUUGGCGUCCAAAUACCCCCUCCGUAUGCUCAUCUACAACGGCGACGCCGACAUGGCCUGCCAAUUCCUGGGCGACGAAUGGUUUAUCGAAGAGCUCGCCGCUAACCAUAAAAUGGCGGCCACCCAACGGACCCAGUGGAAUUAUACAAAUGCCGGGAGCAAGGGCUUCGAUCAGCAGAUUGGCGGAUAUCAGAAAUCGUUCACGUACCAGAAUGGAGUGACGAUCGAUCAGCUGACUGUUAAGGGUGGCGGCCACUUUGUCCCAACCGACCGUCCCGGCCCGGCCCUCCAGAUGCUGUACAACUUCUUGAACAAGCGCGAUUACUCCCUGAACAUCCCGACAGCUCUCACGCGACAGGCGCUGAAGCCGGAAUACCAGCCGCAGCCCGUUCAAGAUUGGCAACGCCUUGCCGACCGUUUCUUCGACCUGCCCGGCCUCACCUACCGCCCUAACUUCGCGCAGCACUCCGGCUACCUGUCGGUGAACACCCCGGGUGUCUACCUCCACUAUUGGUUUGUCGAGUCGCAGAAUGAUGCCGAGAAUGACCCGGUGAUCGUGUGGCUCAAUGGCGGACCAGGAUGCUCGUCGCUUGGAGGUCUGUUCACCGAGCUGGGCCCGUUCCACCCGAAUCCCGAUGGCAAGACGCUGUUCGAGAACGUUUAUUCGUGGAAUAAGGCGGCCAGCAUUCUGUUCCUCGAAUCGCCUCGCCAGGUCGGAUUCUCCUACCAGGACAAGUCGAUCAACAACGAUACGAUGUGGAAUGACGACAAGACCGCAGAAGACAACGCUGCAGCCAUCGUGCAAUUUUUCAAGCUGUACCCGCAUUUCGGGGAUAACGCGCCUGAAUUUUACGUGGCUGGAGAAUCCUACGGUGGUGUUUAUGUCCCCACUCUGACUGCCAAGCUGAUUCAGCUCAUCCAGAGCGGGCAGGCCAACAUCAACCUGAAGGGAAUGAUGGUCGGCAACGGCAUGGUCUCCACGCUGCAGGAUAUCAACUCCAUUCCCGAUUUCAUGUACUUCCAUGGGAUGUACGAUAAGAGUGAAUGGGAGGGCAUCCGAGCAUGUUGUACAAAGUACUACCCCGGAAAUAACUACGGCCAGUGCGAUUUCGCUAACUUCGUCUAUGUGAACGGCACAGGAGACGUCGUGGCGCGCAAUUUCACCAACGCCGACCAGCAGGCUUGCGCCUACAAAAUCGAGCAACUCGCUUAUGACAGGACGUGGCAAAUUGCCAACAACGACGUCUACAACCUGUACCAGGAUUGCUAUGAGCAGACGAGUUCGGUGUUCGGCUCGGCGGCCCGGAAAUCGGCUUACGGGAUGUCUGCGGACAGCUUAAUGUCGAAGUACAAGAUCGGCGCCAAGCUUCACGUCCAGGCGGCCAUUACGGAUAUGCUGGCCAACCUCGACCCGGCCUCGACCGACUCCCAGGGCGGCUUCCAGUGCUACAUGACAGCCGCUCUGACGCAGUACCUCAACCAGUCACACGUCAGGGACAAGAUCAACGUGCCCGACUUUGUGCAGGAUUGGUCGUUCUGCAACUCAAACGACGACUUCAACUACCAAGUCCAACACAACGAUACCGGGGCUGUCUUCCAGCAGAUUCUUGAUAGUAACUAUUCGCUCCGAAUUCUACUCUACAACGGAGACGUCGACACGGCAUGCUCGAUGUUUGAGGCUGAAUACUUCAUCGAAGAUCUGGCUAAGAAGAACAUGAUGCAGGAAACGUACACCCGUCGCGAAUGGAACUACACGAUAGCCUCUAAAUAUCUGCCCCAAAUUGCCGGCUACACGAAGCGGUUCGAGAAAGGAGCAGCCACCAUCGAUUUGCUUACUGUUAAGGGCGCUGGCCACUUUGUCCCCACCGAUCGACCCGGACCCGCGCUCCAGAUGCUCCAGAAUUUCUUGGCAAAUGAUAAGACCUACAACACUCCGAUACAGUACGAUCUGACGCGGCAGCCGCUGUAUGCGGAGUUUACGCAAGAUGGUGAUGGCCCUACGCAAGCUCCGCCCACCGGAGCCACCGUCCCGACUGGAGCUGGCCAAGCUAGCAGAGAUUCU